AUCGCAACAUUUUCAUUAUUAAAUAGUGUCGUCGACAUUUUUAAAAAUAUUGGAUAAAAUUUACUAUUGUUUUUUAUUAUUGCUGCAACUGCUGCUGCUGUCAACUAUGUUACAGCAGCCAACUAUCCGCUGCAGCGGAUAAUCUUAUUAAAAAUUAUUACUACUAAGACUUAUAUAUUAUUAUUACAAACCGUCGUAAUGUCGUUGUCCUUUAACCAAAAAGUCGAUCCUGAGCUAAUUUUCACCAAACAGGAACGUAUAGGAAAGGGAUCAUUUGGUGAAGUAUUUAAGGGUAUUGACAAUCGCACUCAACAGGUAGUUGCCAUUAAAACUAUUGAUUUAGAAGAAGCUGAAGAUGAGAUUGAGGACAUCCAACAAGAAAUUAUGGUUCUGUCACAAUGUGAUAGUGCCUAUGUGACAAAGUAUUAUGGAUCAUACUUAAAAGGUACCAAAUUGUGGAUUAUUAUGGAGUAUUUAGGUGGGGGUAGUGCACUUGAUCUUAUGAAAGCAGGUGGAUUUGAGGAACAACACAUUGCCAUCAUAUUACGUGAAGUACUCAAAGGUCUUGAUUACUUACACUGUGAACGCAAGCUACAUAGAGAUAUUAAAGCUGCUAAUGUAUUACUUAGUGAACUAGGUGAUGUUAAGUUAGCUGAUUUUGGUGUUGCUGGACAGCUUACUAAUACUACAAGUAAGCGAAAUACAUUUGUGGGAACCCCAUUUUGGAUGGCACCAGAAGUUAUUAAACAAUCUGCUUAUGACUCUAAGGCUGAUAUAUGGUCACUGGGUAUUACUGCAAUUGAGCUAGCUAAAGGUGAACCUCCUAAUUCAGAGUUACAUCCAAUGCGUGUACUAUUUCUCAUUCCUAAAAAUAACCCACCACAAUUAACUGGAAACUAUAGUAAAGCAUUUAAAGAAUUUGUUGAAGCAUGUUUAAAUAAAGAUCCAGAAAAUAGACCAACUGCCAAAGAGUUAUUAAAAUUUCCUUUUGUACGUAAAGCAAAAAAAAGUGCGUACUUAGUAGAUUUAAUUGAUCGAUAUAAAAAAUGGAAGUCACAGCGUGGAGGUCGAGGAGGUGGUGAUAGUGAUGAUGAUGACGACAGUGAUGGUCCAGAUGGUGGUGGAGGAGGAGGAUCAGAUGGAUCUGAUGCAGAUGAUGGAGGUGGACUUGAUGAACCAUGGAUUAUGACUGUUCGAGGCCCAAAUUCUCUGAUAAAGACUACUACUGCUACAUCUACCACUGUCUCCUCUACUAGCGGUAAUAAUAACAACAGUAGAAAAAAACAAAAUGGCAGCAUUGAUGUACCAUCUCCACCUACCAGUAAGCACCAACACCAUCUAAUUGAUCCCAAUCAUGGAAAACAUACAGCUCCACGUCCACCAACUACAAUUCCUCCACAACCACCAUCACUAUCAGUUCUCAUAUUACCUAUAAUUACUGAACUACAAAAAAGGUAUCAUCAACAGAGAGACACAUCAGUAAUAGCAGAACUCUCAGCAGCAUUUGAAACAGCUGAACGUACUGGCCCUGGUCUCGCUGACAAAUUUAUUGCUGAAUUGGUUCGUGCAUUAACACCGCCUACUAAUACUAUGUCACGUAUUUCAUCAACAGCUUCUGCUGAAAGAAUAGCUAACCGCAACAACAAACGUUGAGAGCAUCAGUUAUAGACAACAUUAAAUUUUAUCACUUAUUAUUAUUUAUUUCAUUAAAAAAAUUAGAUUAAGUCACUGUUACAUAAAUUUUAACAAAAUGCAGCAGUAUUUGUUGAGUUUGUUCAGAAUAUAUAUUUGUAUAAUAAAAAGCUCUAAUGAAA